AUUUCACUUUGCAGUUUGGGGAAAGUGCAUCGUCAACGUCGACAAGAACUGUGGAAUAGUCACGUCUGUCAAGCACAUAAGACCGUCACAGGUAUUCUUUCUUCUUCUUUCAUUUUGGCUGUAGACGGUAAGUAUAACCAUUCCCCAUGUUUAGGUGGUUCAGGUAGGUACUUGUGCGGUGCAAACCCUCUCGCGGUGUCCCGAUGUUGUUGGCUGUGAGUGGUAGCAAGAGCUGUCCCACCAGGCUCCGCUCAUCCCCGACACCGAAACAACGACAUCCACUUCCACCAAAACCAGCCCACUCUCGGCCGGCCCCUCGUCCCCCUCCCCCACGAACUGAUCCCUGACCUGACAUAGUGGCAGUCUCCGACUCGAGUCGAGAGAGUCUUCAUCCUCCUGAGCUUAACAACGACAACAACAACUACAACAACCCACUCCGCGACAACCGUCCUUCCGCCGCAACCCAACCCCGCGGCCGUCUUUGACAUCGAAACACAAGCCUUUCCUCAUCGUCCCACCCCGCAGUCCAUUCCUCGAUGCCGCAAACCCUGAGCACGAGAGAGGCCAACCUCUUUCGUACCGUCAUCCGCCACUAUGAGGACAAGCAGUACAAGCGCGGCUUGAAGGCCGCCGAGCAGAUCCUCAAGAAAAACCCCAGGCAUGGCGACACCAUGUCCAUGAAGGCUCUGAUCAUGAACUCCCAGGGCAAGACGGAGGAGGCCUUUGCCCUCGCCAAGGAGGCUCUCACCGUCGACAUGAAGUCCCACAUCUGCUGGCACGUCUACGGUAUCCUCUACCGCCAGCACAAGAACUUCGACGAGGCCAUCAAGGCCUACAAGUUUGCCCUCAAGCUCGAGCCCGAGUCCCAACAGAUCCAGCGUGACCUCGCCGUCCUCCAGGUCCAGAUCCGCGACUACCAGGGCUACGUCCAGAGCAGGUUCGCCAUGCUCAAGGCCAAGCCCCAUCUCCGCCAGAACUGGACCGCCCUUGCGAUUGCCUAUCAGCUCGAAGGCAGCCUCGAACAGGCCGAGAACAUCCUCACCACCUACGAAAAGUCCAUGACCAACGUUCCCCUCAAGACCGACCAGGAGCACUCCGAGGCUCUCCUUUACAAGAACACCAUUAUUGCCGAGCGAGGCGAUAUCAAGCGUGCGCUCGAGCACCUCGAGUCCGACUGCAAGAACUGCCUGGACAGGUUGGCUGUUAUGGAAAUGCGGGCGCGCUACUUGGGUCAGCUCAACAGGAAAGAGGAGGCGGCAAAGGCGUGGCGGGCACUGCUGGACAGGAACCCCGAGCACCCCGAGUACUACAAGGGUCUGAUUGAGGCUUUGGAGAUUGACGAGAAGGACGAGGCUGCUCUCAAGGCCAUCUAUGACGAGUAUGCUGCCAAGUACCCUCGCUCGGAUGCUGCCAAGAGGUUGCCUCUCAACUUCCUCACCGGCGAUAGCUUCAAGGCUGCUGCCAAGAGCUAUCUCACCAACAUGUUGGACAGGGGUGUGCCUUCGGUGUUUGCCAACCUCAAGCACCUCUACUCUGAGGUUGCCAAGAAGGAGGCCAUCCUCGCCCUUGCCGAGGAGUAUCUGAAGGAGCAUAAGGGGUCUGAGCAAGCGAACGGCGACAGCUCCAAGGGUGUCGGUGCUGCUCUUUACUUCCUGGCGCAACAUUACAACUACCACCUCAGCCGCGACCUUGCCAAGGCCAUGGAGUAUGUCGAGCAGGCCAUCGAGCUCGAUCCCAAGAACGUUGACUUCCACAUGACCAAGGCCAGGAUAUUCAAGCACCAGGGCGAUACCGCCAAGGCCUCGGAAACCAUGGACCGUGCCCGUUCGCUCGACACCAAGGAUCGUUACAUCAACUCCAAGGCCGCCAAGUACCAACUACGGAACAACGAGAACGAGAAGGCUCUCGAGACCAUGGGUCUUUUCACGAGGGCUGAAACUGUCGGCGGACCCCUCGCUGACUUGACCGACAUGCAGUGCAUGUGGUUCUUGACUGAAGAUGGUGAGGCCUGGCAACGGCGUGGCAACACCGGCUUGGCUCUCAAGCGUUUCACCACCAUCCACAACAUUUUCGAUAUCUGGCAGGAGGACCAAUUCGACUUCCACAGCUUCUCCCUCCGUAAGGGUCAGAUCCGUGCCUAUGUCGACAUGAUCCGCUGGGAGGACAGCAUCCGCGAGCACCCCUUUUACUUCCGUGCUGCUCUUGACGCCGUCAAGCUGUACCUUGACAUGUUUGAGAAGCAGCAGGCUUCUGCCAACGGCACCAACGGCACUGGCGAGGCCACCAACGGAGAGGAUGCCGCUGAGAAGAAGAAGGCCGCCAAGAAGGCCCGCAAGGAAGCCCAGAAGGCCGAGCGCGAGGCCGCUGAGAAGGCUGCUAAGCAGGAUCCCAACAAGGCGACGGCCAAGAAGGACGAGGAACCUAAGAAGAAAGACGACGAUCCGAACGGCCUCAAGCUCGCUGCUACGACGGAUCCUUUGGGUGAUGCCAUGAAGUUCCUCACCAACAUCUUGCAGUUCAGCCCCAAGAACAUUGAGGGCCAAGUUGCUGGUUUCGAUGUUUACAUCCGCAGGAAGAAGUAUCUUCUUGCGCUGCGCUGCCUAAACGCGGCUCAGGCGCUCAACCCCGAACACCCCCGUGUCAAGGAGCAGUUCGCUGAGCUCCAGAAGGCGGUCGAGUCUCUUGACGAUGCUCAGUCGGCCAAGGUCAAAGAAGUGCUCAAGGCCAAGUUCAGUUCUUAGAAGGAUCCGAAUCGAGCUGUUUUGGACAUGUUGUCAGAGUCGGACUUGAACACAUUACAAGUUCCAUCGGCUGAACCCUUUUCAAUGCCGUCGCAAUUCUCGAGCGAGCGCUUCCGCGCCUUGCUAUUUGAGGUCCAGCGUCCGCCAGCCUAGAAGCCAAGGAACCGCAGAGUCGAAGCUUGGGGGAGUAGAACUAGGUCAUCAGCGGUUCUAAGGUAUUUCUAUUCAUCACUUCAUACGUGUUGGGAAAUGCACCAAGGUAGAUGGGUGUGAGUGGCUGAUGAGCUAGCGGGGACCGCCUGAGUUGAUUGUUUGACAAAAAGGAUGAUAUUUUUUACUAGCAGGAGGGUUAUCCGGCCGGGGCAAAGAAAGGUAUUCCAAAAGUUAGGUUGAUUUGCAUACUUUGUUACCUACAGGAAGGUAUGUAGACGGGGCGAGGCGAGGGAGCAUGGACUCUUUUGGACGCCGGAGUUUUCAUCAACUUUUUCUUUGUGCAGAUACAUACACAACUGAAACCGCAUCAUCUGUUGAGCGGUGCUCUCUCUGAAUACCCAGCCGUGAUGGGUUACGUAAAGGUACAAAGGUUUCUGAUGUGUUGGAGGUUGUCGUCUGAUGCUGGGCACUUGUGGCCAACGAAGUCCAGCUGAGUAGAGGCAGCUCUGGUACCUUGGCACGGUUAAAUCGCCUAUAUUUCCGGCGUAUCCGGCACCGGAUGUGCCACCCCGCCAGGUAUGCAACGGCAGUCAGUGUAGUGCAUGCGCCUCGGUGGAAGUGG